CCCCCAGCCCCGGGCACCCUCCGGAUCACCGACGGCUGCUCGACCCGGGAGCAUGGUGCCGGCGCCCGGGUUAAUCUAGUGCUCGGCUCGCUCCCCUUUUCCGCCUCUCCCGCCUCUCCUUUACCGCCUGCCGGUGCUGUGCUGCCUUUGGGUUUCUGGCGUGUGGGAGCUCAACUCUCCGCCUCUCCAAGGGGACUGGUUUGUGACCACCUAACCGAACUUGCCCAUUGAAAGCAAACCCACAACAGCUGGAUAAUGUCCACUCCGAGCAGAUUCAAAAAGGACAAAGAGAUCAUAGCCGAGUAUGAAAGUCAAGUCAAAGAAAUUCGAGCUCAACUGGUAGAACAACAAAAAUGCCUGGAGCAGCAAACGGAGAUGCGAGUUCAGCUUCUCCAGGACCUGCAAGAUUUCUUCCGGAAAAAAGCCGAAAUCGAGACGGAAUAUUCUCGGAACCUAGAGAAGUUAGCAGAAAGGUUCAUGGCAAAAACAAGAAGCACUAAGGAUCAUCAGCAGUACAAGAAAGACCAGAACUUGUUGUCUCCAGUGAACUGCUGGUAUUUGCUCCUGAACCAAGUGAGGAGAGAAAGCAAAGACCACGCAACCUUGAGUGACAUCUACCUGAACAACGUGAUUAUGCGCUUCAUGCAGAUCAGCGAGGAUUCCACCAGGAUGUUUAAAAAGAGCAAAGAGAUUGCAUUUCAACUUCAUGAGGAUUUAAUGAAGGUUCUUAAUGAGCUGUAUACGGUGAUGAAAACAUACCAUAUGUAUCAUGCGGAGAGCAUCAGUGCAGAGAGCAAGCUGAAAGAGGCCGAGAAACAAGAAGAAAAGCAAAUUGGGAGAUCCGGCGAUCCAGUCUUUCAUAUUAGACUAGAAGAGAGACAUCAGCGGCGAAGCUCUGUAAAGAAAAUUGAAAAAAUGAAAGAAAAGAGACAAGCAAAGUAUUCAGAAAAUAAGCUAAAAUCGAUUAAGGCACGGAAUGAAUACCUCCUGACUCUCGAAGCAACCAAUGCCUCUGUUUUCAAGUAUUAUAUUCAUGAUCUUUCAGAUUUAAUUGAUUGCUGUGAUCUUGGCUACCACGCAAGUCUGAACAGAGCCCUCAGAACAUAUCUCUCUGCGGAGUACAACCUUGAAACCUCCAGACACGAAGGCUUAGACAUUAUUGAGAAUGCCGUGGACAAUUUGGAGCCCAGGAAUGAUAAGCAGCGAUUCAUGGAGAUGUACCCUGCUGCCUUCUGUCCACCAAUGAAGUUUGAGUUUCAGUCUCACAUGGGUGAUGAGGUGUGUCAGGUCAGCGCUCAGCAGCCGGUCCAGGCGGAGCUCAUGCUCAGGUACCAGCAGCUGCAAUCCCGACUAGCCACCCUCAAAAUCGAGAAUGAGGAGGUCAAGAAAACGACUGAAGCCACCUUGCAGACGAUACAAGAUAUGGUCACCAUCGAAGACUAUGAUGUUUCUGAAUGCUUCCAACACAGCCGCUCCACAGAGUCUGUGAGGUCCACCGUCUCUGAGACCUACCUGAGUAAGCCCAGCAUCGCCAAGAGAAGAGCGAACCAGCAGGAAACCGAGCAGUUCUACUUCAUGAAACUCAGAGAAUAUUUGGAAGGUAGUAAUCUCAUCACCAAACUUCAAGCCAAGCAUGACUUGUUGCAGAGGACCCUCGGAGAAGGUCAUAGAGCUGAGUAUAUGACUACAAGGCCUCCAAAUGUUCCCCCUAAGCCCCAGAAACACAGGAAGUCCAGACCCCGCUCACAGUAUAAUGCUAAGUUGUUUAAUGGGGAUUUGGAAACAUUCGUCAAGGACUCGGGACAGAUUAUCCCCCUCAUUGUGGAAAGUUGUAUUCGGUUCAUCAAUCUCUAUGGUCUUCAGCAUCAGGGGAUUUUCAGAGUGUCCGGUUCCCAGGUGGAAGUCAAUGACAUUAAAAAUUCAUUUGAGAGAGGUGAAAACCCCUUGGCCGAUGACCAGAGUAACCACGAUAUUAACUCCGUUGCUGGCGUUCUGAAGCUCUAUUUCCGUGGGCUGGAAAACCCCCUCUUUCCUAAGGAAAGAUUUAAUGAUCUGAUUUCUUGUAUCAGAGUAGAUAAUCUCUAUGAGAGGGCGCUUCACAUCCGCAAACUCCUCCUGACCUUGCCCCGGUCGGUCCUCAUAGUGAUGCGGUACCUCUUUGCCUUCCUCAAUCAUCUUUCACAAUACAGUGAUGAGAACAUGAUGGACCCUUAUAACCUGGCCAUUUGCUUUGGCCCAACACUGAUGCCCGUCCCAGAAAUACAGGAUCAAGUGUCCUGCCAGGCUCAUGUGAAUGAAAUUGUCAAAACCAUCAUCAUCCACCAUGAGACUAUUUUCCCGGAUGCUAAAGAGCUGGACGGCCCUGUUUAUGAGAAAUGUAUGGCUGGAGACGACUACUGCGACAGCCCCUACAGCGAGCACGGUACGUUGGAGGAAGUGGAUCAGGAUGCUGGUACUGAGACCCACACCAGUGAGGACGAAUGUGAGCCAAUAGAAGCCAUAGCCAAGUUUGACUACGUUGGGCGGUCUGCCAGAGAGCUGUCCUUCAAGAAGGGAGCCUCCCUGCUGCUGUAUCACCGAGCGUCCGAGGACUGGUGGGAAGGCAGGCACAACGGGAUCGACGGGCUGGUGCCUCACCAGUACAUCGUGGUGCAGGACAUGGAUGAUACGUUUUCAGACACUCUGAGCCAAAAAGCUGACAGCGAGGCCAGCAGUGGGCCAGUGACUGAAGACAAGUCUUCAUCCAAGGACAUGAACUCCCCAACAGACCGGCAUUCGGAUGGGUAUUUAGCCAGACAAAGAAAAAGAGGAGAGCCACCCCCUCCAGGAAGGCGUCCUGGCAGAACCAGUGAUGGCCAUUGUCCUCUCCACCCCCCACAUGCUCUUUCCAACUCCUCAGUUGACCUGGGGUCCCCAAACCUGGCCAGUCACCCCCGGGGCCUGCUGCAGAACCGUGGCCUCAACAACGACAGUCCGGAGAGGAGGCGCCGGCCAGGCCAUGGCAGCCUGACCAACAUCAGCCGCCACGACUCCCUCAAGAAGAUUGACAGCCCUCCUAUUAGAAGGUCCACGUCAUCGGGGCAAUACUCAGGCUUCAAUGACCACAAGCCACUGGACCCAGAGAUGAUCGCUCAGGAUAUUGAAGAGACGAUGAACACUGCUUUGAAUGAACUCCGAGAACUGGAGAGACAGAGCACAGCAAAGCACGCCCCCGAUGUGGUUCUGGACACCUUAGAACAAGUGAAAAACUCCCCUACCCCCGCCACUUCCACCGAAUCUCUCAGCCCUUUGCACAACGUGGCCCUCAGGAGCUCAGAGCCUCAGAUUCGACGAAGCACUAGCUCCUCCAGUGACACGAUGAGUACUUUCAAACCUAUGGUGGCCCCCAGAAUGGGCGUACAGCUAAAGCCUCCAGCCCUAAGGCCAAAACCUGCUGUUCUUCCAAAAACAAACCCUACCAUAGGACCUGCGCCUCCCUCCCAGGGUCCUACAGACAAGUCUUGCACAAUGUGAAAACCACUGGGCAAGGUCAUCCGGGGAGGUGAUUAAAAAAAAGAAAAUGGAUUAGUGACAAGUCACGAUCCAUAACUUUCCAUAGUUUUGUGCUUAGAACUGGAGAUCUUCUGGCUUUCCUCUGUUCUCAAACGUAACGUCUAAGACUAGCUAAAUUAACACGGGCAUUUGUAUUUUGUAGUUUCUUUUUUUUAAUAACUGGACAUAUGUCAUUUUAAAGACAAUAGACUCACUUAGACUUACUUGAAAAUUCAAUGCUGCACCAUUUGUAACGAAGGCAACACCACUCUGCUCUCCGCAUUGUAUAGCGCUUCGGGUUUAGAGCAACCUGGGUGACUCAGAACUGCCUGGGUCCCAAAGCACGAGAAUCUGAGUUCCAGGCUUUGGAGUAUAACCAGUGCUGGUCUGUGGCACUUGGGGUCAUGGCCAAAGGGUGGUGAUGGCAUUGUUUGGUAGCUGACAGUGAGCGCCUCUGGCUCCAUGUAGGGGGACAGGGUUUGGCUCACACUAAAGACUUUCAGGUGUCACAGUGGGAUGGACAUUCCCAGUGGGACCUUCAACCCACGGCCUGAAUGAGUGGAUGAGUGUCUCUUUCACAGUAAGUCAUUUCCCUGGGUCCAGGUUAAAGACUCAGCGGAAGAGGGUAGAGCCUCUGUAGUUACUGCUUGACCUGAAACCUGGGAGAGGAGGGAGGCAGUUCUCCAGAGUUACCAGUGUGACUCCUUCCACGCGCCUGACCAGGCCCCAGAAGAUUUCCAGCUCCAUCCUUCACAUUCACAAAGGACUAGAGCUGUCUAGUCUUCAAGACUUUCUGGUCACACUGCUCCACAAACAACUCCCAAGAGCUGUUGUUCAGUGACUGCCUGGAAAACAUUCCCAGCUCCCCUCAAUCCCGGGCUUCUCCCUUCUGGAAAUGGAGAAAGCAAGCAGCACAACAGUGCUCGGUCCACUCGGCCUUCUCUUCUCCAGACCAAAUGAUCUUGGUUCCUUUAAACAUGCUGCAGAGAACAGACGAUCCUGAAUUGAAUCCCCACCUUUCCUCUCCUUCUGUCUCUCUGAGCCAACCUAGAACUGGCCACGGUACUGGAGUAAGCGCCGUGCUGGCCACGGUGGGAGAAUUUCCUCAUGGUUCCAGGAUCACUUCCUCCCGAUUUUAUACCCUGGAACCAGGACUUUUUUUUUUUUUCCCUUUUCCUUUCUCGUACGGUCUCUACAUAAUUCACAUAGUCGCCUAGCUCCAUGAGGGGCCCUCUUUCUCUGACAAUUUUUCUUUAGCCCAUUUUUAUGCUAUAGUUCCCUCUAUCUUAAGAAGGUUGCUUUGAAUUAAUUUGCUUUUGCAAAGGUACAAAUCACCACUCCCCCACCAGCAGCAGCUUAUAUCAUCCGUCAGCCUAUGAGCAUUUUAUCUGUUCUAUCGUUGAACUUACUGAUGAGGAGACCUGUUGUUUUUUAUGAUAAGUGGGUGGCCAGAACUCACCCCUCCGGACCACCAUUGAUUUCCUUCUAAGUGUGGUUUCAAACUGGUAGCCAAUCACAUGCCCACCUAAGAAUUACACAGUAUGGACUUCAUCAGCCCACUGGUGACUGCAUCAUGCAGGAAAGAAUGAGGGUUUGAACUAAAAUCAAGAUCAUGACUGAUCUCUACCUCAGUUUGCCAGCCUAAUCAUUCUAAUGCAAACAGAGAUUAAAUUAAUGAGAUACUUUCCUUUCAAAGUCACACUCCGGUUGCUUGCCUACAGCCUAAUUUCACAAUUGUUUUGAAUAGUGAAUUUUUUUCCGAGUAUUUCCAAGAAUGGUAAGCUUUUAAACCUCUUCAUUUUCAGAACCACCCAUGUUUUUGUUUUGUUUGGGGGGUGGGGAGGCCCAUUUGGAAAAGGCCCAGCUCAGCAUCUUGUCCAACCCCUCCCCAUUUCUCUUGAGUUUUUGUGGUCCUUCAGCACCUUGGACACAUGGAGACAGCCAGGACCACUCUUUGAAUAGCACUAACGCUUUUAAACAAUCUUCCCGAACCCCCUAGGAAAUUUAAACUUUCCUAAAUAGUCUCCCAGUUCUUUCUGGAUUCCACUUUGGUUGCUGAUUCUCUGUCGCUAUCUGGGGAAACAGAAGCAAAGAAUAAAGGUGGAAGCAAUAGAGGAGGGAGGGGAAAUGUUAAAUCUUUUAGAAAUUAAAAUAAAAAGGAUUCUUAAAAAGCAUUCUCCAUCUUUGGUGGAAGUGCAAGAUGUUAACAAAGGGCAUCAAAAGGCGUUUGGAUGUAUUAUUUGGUAGGGGGAGGGGCGGGGCCUCUUCUAUAAGCUUUAACUACAGCUUUUCAGAUCUUACUCCCAGCUUCAUUCUCCAGGCUUUCCCCUGGUGGUCCUCCCAUGUCUCCUCUCAUUGUCUGCACCUGUGAGGGAUGAGGAUUGCCCUUCUGCCACUGGCCAUCUGGGAUGGCAGGGGACAUGCUGCUCUGGACCCUCGGAGCCUCCGAGGCUGUGCCUUCCAGGAGACGGCUCCUAAUACUCUCCCAUCCCUUCCUUACUCUACCUGUCUCUGCUGUCCCCCUAAAUCCCUGCUGUCACCCUGAGGCACUUUUUCCCCCAAUUCCCAGGGAAGGAUGUGACUCAGAGUGAGUAAGAACUCAAUAGGGACUCACCUGUCCUUACUUUGUUUAGUAAAAGUCUUCAGAUUCCAGGGGUACGACAUGGUGGCCACCACAACAUAUCCAAAUUAACACCCGGUAAGCGCAUUCAAAGCUUCAGCAGCGAGAGACUUUACCUGGUACACGGCCUGCCUUACAGCCUCAGGGGUAGCACACAGCGGGGAGGUGGAAGGCACAGGAAUGAGGAAAGAAGAAAGGAAGUGAGUCCUGAGAUGUUAUGCCUGCAGUUUCAAGGGUCUUGGUCCUGGUGCGCAGCUUGGGAAGGGUGUUGUUUUGAUAAUGGGGAAAUGAUGGUUCUACAAAGAUUACCUGACUCCACUUACACAAGAAUAUGUAUUCUCAGCUGAUAUCACUGUAUGUUCAUGUCCCCUCCAUGGAACUCACCCAACUAGAUUUACCACGUUGGCCUUUGGUUUGGGUCAGGGUGUGGAUUAGCAUAGAGAGAAAGGUACUUAGUACAUAUGUCUAAUGAGUGCUCUAAAUUAUUUCAACAUGUUGAAUGGCCCUUUGUAGAGCCCCAUGUUCAUGUUCAGUGUCACCGCUAUUGUUCAAUUGCAUGUUUUCUCACAUAUGAUCUGACUUCGGUGCCCCUUGAGCCUCCAUAGGAUCAUUUACAACAGUGCCCCUCUGCACCUACUGCAAUGAGCGUGAAAGUUAUCGAUGGGUAUAGAGCCCUAAGGGUCAGAUUGUAUCGGUUCCGUUUUCUGUCUUUGUACUUUUGCCAUUUCCAAAAAUGGGCUUAUAAUUUAAUCAAUAAGAAGAAGAAAGUGGGGAGAGUACUGGUCUCCUGAGUUUUGGGGAAUGACAUAGCCCCUGGGGUCUACAAACUGAAGAAACUUGAAUCUGAUCACUACAGCCUCAAAUAAAAAUUAAGAACCUAUGGGUCCGUUGAGGGCGUAGAAGACUUCAUAUUUGGGGUGACACAGUAGCGAGAGGCCAUGAGUGCAGGGAAUGCGCUUAGGACUGAGUCUUGCUCUGAGUAACCCACCGCAGAGGCCCCGAGCCAUGAGCGGCUUUCAAGUGAAGGCUUUAUCCAUGUGUAAAUAGAGCUCCUAUGGAAUCACCCCCUGAACUGAAAACCUGACCACCAGCUGGGCUGGGGUGUGAGGCUGGGUGCAGGGUGGUUGGCACAGCUUUGUUCAGAUCAGUAAAACAAACUGGAAAUGGAGCUGUCACUCACCCUAGUAUACUUUUUAAAAAAUAGUCUACGUGGCAUAAUCGAGAUGGGUACCUGUAUCUUUAAAUGACGUAGGGAAUUUUGUAUGUUUAAAUAAUUGUACUGGGUUCCAUAAUGCUUAUAGAAGCUGUUUAGUAAAAGAAAAUAUAUAAACCGUGCAUUUGUGAAUGCCCCCUUAGAGCAUUCAUCCAAGUUCAGUGUGUCGUGUGACGGUUAUUAUAGCUGUUUAUAGUGAGUGGCUGUGUAACAGGAGAGACUGCUAUUUACCUAGGGGCUCAAGGGUAGCUCCUGCCCACUUAAUUAAAUCAGUGUUGUCCUUUCCUGUCCAUUUGAUCAAUUGCAGUACUGGUAGCUUCCUGCUUGUGACUGUUACCUAAUUGUGUCAAUGUACAUCUGUAGUAUGUACAUGUGAAAGUGCCUUUCUAUUUUAGGAGUUUUAGCCUGGCUCUGUACUGUUGCCCCGGCCUCCUCCCCCUCUUCUCCCCACCACCUCCAAUUUCACUGCCUACUUGAGUGUUGAAACUUCCUCCACUCUCUCCCAGCUCCUCCAUCCCCACCUUCCUGUGCCUCGAGUGCUCAGUAUUGUCCCCUCUUGCAGCCUUGUCAUCAGACUCUCGUUUUCCUUGUGACUGUGCCUUCCCCACAGUCACUCUCCCUGCACCCUCCCUUCCCACCCUUCCCUCUCCACACCCCUGCCGCUUGCCACUGACACCCUCCUGUUUGCCUUUGCUCUCUGUGCUGCCUCUUAUCAUUACAUUCCCUUGGCUCUGAGGUGAAAAUGAAGGGGGAUGCUUUUACAGGUCUGGGAGAAAAAAAUACGUUUUGUUGUUGUGACAAUGCACUUUUAUGUAUAGUACUGUACAUUUUGGCAUGUACCAUUCCAGGCUUCCGUAUACAGUCAGGUCUGUUCUUCACGGUGUAUCUUUAUAAUAAAUAAGAUAGUUCUGGC